AUGGCCAAGAUCACCGCAAGUAAGAAGUCAAGCAAUAAAAAGAAGAACACAUCCGUGGCUGAGAAGGGAGUCAACGUGAAAAAAGAAAAAGGGAAGGAGCUCAAGUCUACUGCCGCCGGUGCGGACAAGGAUAAAGAGAACACCAAGACUGGUGAAGCAGCCAAGCCGAAGAGGAAGAAGAAGUUCAAGGAGACUUGGUCAGGAUAUAUUUAUAAGGUGCUGAAACAGGUCCAUCCCGAGACUGGCGUUUCGAACAAGGCCAUGAGUGUCCUUUGCUCGUUCGUCACCGAUACCUUCGAGCGCCUUCUUAGGGAGGCUGCAGUUAUUUCCCAGAUCAAUCGCAAGUCGACCAUCACGUCAAGGGAGAUUCAAACUGCAGUUCGGCUUGUUAUUCCCGGUGAACUGGCCAAACACGCCGUGUCUGAGGGCACGAAGAGUGUCACGAAGAUUACGUUGAUGGGUCAUCCGCACGGCAAACACAAGUGAAUGCUCACAAUUCAUGAUCCUGACUCCGAGAUCCGUAAUAUGUAUUAAACAACACCUAAGGUUGUAACAGUUAGAGGGUGACGUGUCAUUGUACAAACAAAAAAUGUGGUAGUAGAAAAUGGAUUCGACACAGAUAUGGGAGCGGAUCAAAAGCCAUAUUUUUUCCUUGAUUCCCUCCUCGCCUGCUUUCCAGAAGACAAAUUCUCUUCAAUCUGCUGCUGCAUAGACAUUGCCUUCGCAAUUUCUCCGGCCAACUGAUGUCGGACAUUCGCAACGCGGCUCGUCUUAGACGCAGACGGUUUGUAUGCCGGCUGUAUGCGGCCUUCUUCUUCUGCUUUCUUUCUCUCCUCGUCCUCCAGUCUCUUGGCCUCGCGCUGGGCGCUCCGUUUCUGUCUCUCGACCUCGGCCUCCUGCCAUGCCUUCCUCGCAUUCGCUUCCACGCCAUACUCGGCCCGAUACUCCUCGAACCCCUUCUCUGGUAAUGCUGGCGGGAGAGCAUCGGUCGCAGUAUCGUUUCCGACCCAGCGGUUAUAGAAUUGCAUGUAGUAGUCUUUCUCGUAUUGUUGCCACGCUCCGCUAGGGUCCUUGUAGAACCCGGGGUAAGGAUCCUCUUGCGUUGGUUCAGGCGAAAUGAAGUUCUCCCAAUCCUCCAGCUCGGGCGCAGCAAUAACAGCAGGAAAAGAUAUAGGCUCCUUGUCUAUCUCUUCCUGCCUCUUGCUGAGUAUAGCCUUGUUUGCCUCGGACUCCGCUCCCGUAUUGUUCCGCCCGUUCAUCCACGCAUCUCCCGGAGUAACACCCUCUUCCAAGCUCUGCCUCUCCCACUGAUUUCGAUGCAGUGUUGAUGGAUUCACGAUCUUGUGUCCGUCUUUUUCUGAUGCUUCAGUAACCGGAUCUGGGGCAUAUCCUAGUUCCCAUGGGUUCAUGUACUCCGUGUUAACAUCUGUGACGACCUCACCCAAAGCACUGAUCGCCUCCUUGGGCUUAAUGACCGAUUUGAGAUCUUCAGGCUUGGUGACAGCGGAACGCUUCGGUGAGGGAAGAACAAGUGAAGUGGUUUUUGGGGCGGGUAGCAUGCUGAGCAGGCUGGUCCUGCCAUUACUCGAUGUGGGGCCAUCGUCGUUCUUUUUCUGGCGCUUCGCAGGUCGUUCGUCUUCGUCUGCCUCGUUGUUCUCGUCUACCGAUCUCAGCUUGGGCACCACAAUUUUUUUGGGACCCUCUGACUUCGCAUUCUUCGGUGGUGGCAAGCUGGCCAGCAGAGAAGCCUCAGACUCAGAUAAUGCCUUGGUGGUGGAGGGCCCUGCAAUAUGCGUCUGAACGAUUACUUCCUCUUCAUCGUCGCUUCCAUAUUCACUGAUCCCAAGGGAGCUGACCGUCUCCAUGAUCGGUAGAAGACGACGAAAGCAAC